AUGUUUCAUUUAGAGGAACUAAAAGAAUUUCUGAGAGGAUUGGAUCUUCAAACUGGUUUCUUUACAUUCAGACAGAUAAAAGCCGCCACUAACAACUUUGAUGCAGCAAACAAGAUGGGGGAAGGUGGAUUUGGAUCGGUCUACAAGGGUGUACUUCUAGAUGGCACUAUCAUUGCAGUUAAGCAACUUCUUCUAAAUCUAUGUUGCAUUGAAGGAAAGCAACUGCUGUUGGUUUGUGAAUACAUGGAGAACAAUAGCCUCGCACACUCUUUGUUUGGAGAAGGUGGAUUGAUAUUAGACUGGAAAACAAGGCAAAGAGUAUGUAUUGGCAUUGCAAAAGGUUUGGCUUUCCUGUAUGAGGAGUCAACUCAGAAAAUUGUUCAUAUAGACAUCAAAGCGACGAAUAUACUGCUUGAUGGGAACCUCAAUCCUAAAAUAUCGGACUUUGGAUUGGCCAAACUAAAUGAAGAGGAGAACACCUACAUUAGCACCAGAGUUGCUGGAACUAUGUAA